UAGAACUUCUUGAACAAAUUGAAAACAAAAAGCCCGUGAAACAAUAAGAGCAAGUAACUCACGAAAAAAUAAUCAAAUUAUUAAUAAUUUACAAUAUAUUUUAAAAAUGUUUCGUGAUGGUCAAUAUUUGGAAGUAAUUAAGGCUUCGAAUGAUUGUUUAGUUACGGCUGUUGUUACUGUUCAAGAGAAGACUAUCAAAAUUAAAGAGAAAAAGGUUUCAACUAAUAAAUGGCUUGAUCUUGAGGAUUGGGUGGCACUGUAUAAAAUUUUGGAGAAAGCAAUUUUGCGCAAUGUUCAAACAGAAGGAUCGCCUCAGAAUUUUAAGAAAUGCAAAUGUAAAAAAUCUACUCGACAAUUGGAAAUCACAUAUACAUUUGAACCAUCCGAAAGUAUAAAAGAUGUUACAUCGUUACCUACUAUUAGAGUAAAUGUUUCUCCAGCAAAGAAGAAAUUAGAAAAAUCGGAAUUACCCAAAGUAACAAUAGAGAAAAAAGAUAUUUUGAAUCAAAUAACAGAAAAGCCAGUUAGGAAGACUUCCGACCAUAUAUAUCAAAAAGAUAGCAAGAAUACUUUACUCACAAAAUCAGGAAACAAUGAUUUAGUAGCGAAAGAAUCGAUUAACACAAAAAACGAUAGAGUUAAAAGAUGUCUACCAGUUGACAAUCUGGGAAAUGAUAUCUUAGAGGAGUAUGUACCAAACGCACCUGUGACGAAAAAGUUAUGCGCGAACUUGAAUUAUAUACCAAGUAGAAAGAGUACAUUGGAACAAAUCCAAGUAUUUUCAAAUGAAUAUUCUCCUAUAGUAUCGGAUAAUAAGAGCGUAGCGGACGUAGUUCGAUAUGUACCAAAUUCCAUGGAUUCAUCAAAAGUAUCUUAUGAAACAUAUGAACCUAGUGGUACAACUAUUCUAAAACAUCCUGAAGAAUACAUUCCCAAUUCAAAGGGAAUUAAGGCAUCUAUCGAGGAAUAUUAUCCAGAUUUUACUAGUAAGACAAUGAAAUUUGAUGAUAGUUAUGUGCCGUCAAGUGUUCAACUAACUAACGAAAAUUCGAAAAAGUUAAUAGAAAGGCACAAAAAGUUACAAUCAGAAAAACACACGUUAAGAUAAAAAUAUUAACAAAGUGAAAUAUGAAUCUAUUUAUCUAAAACAUUUUUAAAACGAACAUGAAAUGCAUAAAAUAUAUGAAAAUCAGAAUAUGAUAUUUAUAAUAAAUAUAAAUAUUCUUUAAUCUUAUUAUAAUAACUUUCGAC